GCGGAGAGGGGAGGGGGGUGUGUGACGCGGUGACGCGGUCGCGCGGAGGAGGAUGGAGGCGUGACGCGGCGCCCCCGCGCGCUACUUGCGGCCUCUUCCUCCGCUACCGCCGUCAGGAGUCGCUGAGGCCGCGGAGCCGCGCUAAGGAGAAUUAUGGCGUGCGCACGUCCACUUAUAAGCAUAUACUCUGAGAAGGGGGAAAGCUCUGGCAAGAAUGUGGUCAUGCCGGCCGUGUUCAGGGCGCCCAUCCGCCCGGACAUCGUGAACUUCGUGCACACGAACUUGCGCAAAAACAGCCGGCAGCCCUACGCCGUCAGCGUGAAUGCAGGUCACCAGACCAGCGCCGAGUCGUGGGGUACUGGCCGGGCUGUGGCGCGUAUCCCCCGUGUGAGGGGUGGCGGCACGCACCGCUCCGGGCAGGGUGCCUUCGGAAACAUGUGCCGAGGAGGUCGCAUGUUCGCACCAACCAAGACGUGGCGUCGCUGGCACCGGCGGGUGAACGUGACCCAGAAGCGAUAUGCCAUAUGCUCCGCUCUGGCCGCCACUGCUCUCCCUGCGCUUGUCAUGUCCAAGGGCCAUCGCAUCGAGGAGAUCCCCGAGGUGCCACUGGUAGUCGAGGACAAGGUCGAGGGCUACAAGAAGACUAAGGAGGCCGUGCUGCUGCUCAAGAAGCUCAAGGCCUGGAACGACGUCAAGAAGGUGUACGCCUCCAAGCGCCUGCGUGCAGGCAAGGGCAAGAUGAGGAACCGUCGUCGCAUCCAGCGCCGCGGGCCCUGCAUCAUCUACAACGAAGACAACGGCCUCACCCGCGCCUUCCGCAACAUCCCAGGCAUCACACUUCUCUCAGUGAAGAAGCUGAACCUUCUGCGCUUGGCGCCUGGUGGGCACGUGGGCCGAUUCUGCAUCUGGACCGAGAGUGCGUUCAGCAAACUGGACGACAUCUACGGCACCUGGCGCAAACCCUCCAAGGAAAAGUCCAACUACAACCUACCCAUGAACAAGAUGACCAACUCUGAUCUCAGUCGUAUCCUCAAGAGUGAAGAGAUCCACAAAGUGCUCAGACCACCAAACAAAAAGAUUGUGCGUCGUGUGCUGAAGAAGAACCCACUUAAGAAUCUCCGAGUGAUGAUCAAGCUCAACCCGUACGCCAAGACGGCUCGCCGGAACGCUCUCCUCGCAGAGGAGCGCCAUAAGAACAAGGAUGCUGUUGCUGUUGGCAAGGCUGCCGCUGCUGUUAGCAAGGCUGCCAAACAGGCCAAAGCGGAUGCCAAGAAAGACAAGAAACCCGCAAAAGAGCCAGCCGUCAAGAAGCCAUUCGACAAGAAGGCAGCCGCAAAGAAGGCCGCAGCAAAGAAAGCAGCCAAGACUACUGCAUAACUGGCCCUGAUUGGAGCCACCCAUGCAGACUUGCUGUGCCGGCCUUGUUCCUAACACCUGGUUCGUUCAAAUAAAAGGCAAUUAAUGACAAUG